GGGGGAAGUUUUAUAUAUAUAUUUACAUUUAAAGUGGAGACUAUACAAUCUCUGAGGAAUUACUGCAGAGCUCCAGCGGGGGCCAAAGGAACGAGGGCUUUCUAGAAUGGCACGCCUAAGCCUCGGUUCUCUUUGACGGUGGGGGUCCUCGCUCCCUCUCCCUUCCUUUCCGGGUUGGGAAACAGAAAAGAGCUGAUUUUAUUUCUCUGCUGCUAUUUGGUUUGUUGCUUUCCACCCCAAAGCAUUUUCCCAAAGGAAGACAGGAAGGAAAGGAGAAAUCCGAGAAACAGGACUACUAUGUAUUGAUUGGGAUAGUAGGGGAUAUCUGAGGAAGUGCGCUAAAUCAAUCAGCUCUGGAAGGACAUCAGAGACCACUCCAGACCGGAAGUUCUGCAACUCCCUUGGCCACCAGUUCUCCGAGAUUUGGGGCUGAAGUGGUAUCUGUGAAAAACGUGAAUUCAGAAACUAGCCAAUGACCUUGUUCCAGAACACCGCUGCGUUGGGAGACACCCAGAUUAGAGAUGUGGGGUCAAGGUGUGAGCAGAGCCAUCCAGAGGCUUUUUCCUGCCUUAAACCUGCAGUGAGGCCAUUUGCAACGUCUUCAAAGGGAGGCCGGAAGUGUCCUUCAAUGGCCUGGGAGCCUGCCCUCUGGCAGCGUCCGGCCCCUCUUUUCGGCGACUUUUCAUGGAGCGCCGAACGAGAAGCCCGGCUUCCCUAAGAAUUCCUCCCAAGCUGGCCCUUCCCCUACCUCUCGCGGCAGCCGACUCUCUUCCCUCAACCCUCAAGUCCCUCGAGACUUAGCCUCCCGCCCAAAGCGCUCCUCCUCCUGUCAUUGGCUCUCCGAGGAGCCUUCGGCCAAUGGGGAUGACGUAUUCCGGCAGUCGUCGGCCCGAGGGUGGGGGAGGGGGAAGGACGUCGGGCCCCGCGACGCCGAGCGCGAGGACGGCGGCGCGAGGUGUGUGGCGCGGGCCGCGUGGUCUCCGCCCCUCAGUGUCACCAGCUGCCAGUGCAUAAGGGCACCGGGGCCCGCGGCGGUGCCAGGGCGCCAGGGGGUGGCUGCAAAGCCCGUGCGGCCAGAGGUGGCGGUGAGGGUGAGCCCUGAAUUCGGGCCUCCGGGAUCCGCACGCUCCAUUCCCAGAAACCUUCGCGCUGAGAGGUCUCUCUUCAAAGGAGUUGGGCCGGGGCGUCUGGAGCGUGCGGGGCACCCAACUUUGCAGGGCCUUCCCUGAAGCCUUGCUUUCUCCGCCAACCCCGCUCCCCUUGGUUCUGAACGGGCGAGGAACCCUCAGGCCGUUGACCCACCUGUGCUGCUUUCUUUGCUAAUCGUCCCCGUGAGAGGCCGGACAUUGGGAGGAAGCAAGGCGGGCUGGACAGAGGACCCACACACAGAGAGGACGGCAGGAGCAGCUCCUACUGCAGGACUAUUGCAGUUUGGCGUGAACUAUUUGCAUUCUCAGUGCCACCUGACAGAAAAGUGCAUGCAGGAAAGGAACGUCAGCUGUGCAGAAUCUGAUCUGAGAAAACAUAGAAGGUUUGUUAAGGGACCAGUAUGUGCUCUCCCGCCAGUCCCAAAAUCCUGUACAGGAAUCCCCGGUUCCUCCGGUUAGCUUUUUUGCAGCUUCAUCACCAGCAACAGAGUGGUGUGUUCUGUGAUGUCCUUCUGCAGGCAGAAGGUGAGGCAGUCCCAGCCCACUGCUGCAUCCUGUCAGCCUGCAGCCCAUUCUUCACAGAGCGCCUGGAGCGAGAGAGGCCAGCCCAGGGCCGGAAGGUGGUGCUGGAGCUGGGGGGCCUGAAGAUCAGGACACUCAGGAAGCUGGUGGACUUCCUGUAUACCUCAGAGAUGGAAGUUUCCCGAGAAGAAGCCCAGGAUGUGCUUUCUGCUGCCCGUCAGCUCCGUGUAUCUGAGCUAGAAUCCCUUCAGUUAGAGGGUGGGAAGUUGGUCAAGGCUCCUCAGGGCCGAAGACUGAACCGGGAGUGCUUACAACCUCCAAGUGCCGCACCAAUCUCUGCCAGGGUGGUGGCAUCCAGCCGCCGCCCUCGAACUCCACUGCCUGUUACCCAAACUCCCGGUCCUCUUGGGGCUGUGAGAUUGAAGUCCUCAGGGAAGGAGGAGGGGCCCCUGGAGAAGAGCAACCGACAGAAUGCAGAGAACUUGUCUGGCACUCUUCUGCUCAAAAGGAAGGCCAGAGCCUGCCCAAAUCCACAAGAAAAAAGCUCUUCACCAUCAAGCCACAGUCAGGGACCUAAAGAGAACAAGAGUGACCCUGCCCUUGGUCCUACAGCGCUUUCCCCACCCAGCUUGUACCCCUCUGUGGAUGAGCGACUAUUGCCCAGAAAGAUCAGGCUGAGUCGCUCAAAACUGUCUCCUGAUGUCUGUACAUCUAAGCCUUCCAGCAUUUCAAGUGGACCCAGCUCAGUGCCCACAGCCCCUGGCCGGCGUCUUUGGCGGCAGAAGAGUAUAAAUAAAGAAGUGCCAGAGGACAAGCAGAAACCAGGGAGAGGUAGUCCUCUACAGAACACCCCAAACCCCUCUAGUCUCGGAAAGACAGGUGGGAGCAAGAAGCGGAGCCCUGAAGUCAGGGCACCUCAUUCAGACUCUGCAGAGGAGGGGCAGGUUGGGAGAGUGAAACUUCGAAAGAUUGUCAACGGGACAUGUUGGGAAGUGGUGCAAGAGCCUCCCCUCAAAAACUCUCAAGUUAGCCCUCAGACCUCAGAACCUGGAGACUUGGAAGAGUCCCCUCCAGAGACUCAGCCAUCCUCCAUUAAGGAGCAGGAAAUGUCAUCUGCUAGAAUAGGUCUGUGUCAGGACUCCCCCCUUUGCUCUAGGCUACAAGACAUUCUGCUCUCGGCUAGCCGCUCCCCGGACCACCAGGUGGUGAAGUCCAAGUUUGGGUCCAGUUCAGAGCUGGUAGGGAAGGAAACUGGGUUGGAUAUUGACUGCAGAGAGCCCUAUGCAUUUGACACAGCCCUGCUUGGGCAACCCUGUGAAGCUGAGGAGUACCGAAUCACAAGUGCUGCUGCCACCAGUGAGCUGGAGGAGAUCCUUGACUUCAUGCUCUGUGGCUCAGAUAUUGAGCCACCUAUAGGGUCUCUGGAGAGUCCUGAAGCUGAGGGCUGCAGGACCCCUAGUUAUCACCUGACGGAAACAGGAAAAAACUGGAUUGAAAGGGAAGAAUGGUGUUUGCCAGACAUGGAACUCUGGCCCAGGGAGCUCACAGGACUGGAAAAGGAACCUGUUGGUGAGAGCAAAGAGCCAGUUGAGCCCUUUAGCCCCCUUGUCAUGCCCUCUGAGAACAAAGCACCAGUUGAACCCCUUAGCCCCCUAGUCAUGCCCUCUGAGAUGAGUGAAGAGGAGGUGCUUUCAGUGGGAGGCUCUUGGACUCCAGAGCUGGAAAUCACCAGCUCCCAGCCACCGGAUGGUCAGAAAGACAAGCUUGUCCACAUUGACUCCUGUGACCCUCCCCAAAGGUCCUAUGAGGACCUCUCGCCUCCAUGUUCAAACUGGGUGAAGACUCCGCUGGAAGUGUCCCUAACUAUGGAUGAGGUAUUGUGCCCUUCUCCAGAGGCAGGCAAGGUGGUGUCUGGCAACUCUGAGUUGUUGAGCCCACUUCCUGCUAGCUCUGAAGAGGAAGAGAUUGAUGUGGUGGACUGGACAUCAGAGGGGAGGCUGGUGCCCACCAGUUUUCCCUCCGUAUGGCCCGACCCUUCCUCAGAGUCAGAAACAGAGGUAGACAUACUAACGUAGUGGAGUGGGGAGGGCAGGUCAGGGGCAAUGGGAGGGUAGGAACUGUUGACCAGCAAAAGGUGUAUCGACAGAGGCUAGCAUGUGCCCUGUCCUCUUAGCACAAGAGGCAGGUGUACCCAUGGCUCUCUGUACGUCCCUUCCUCCCCUCCCCAGGCUUUCAGAGCUGGGCAGCAGUACCACAGGUAGAAAACCAUCUUAUUUCUCUGUAAUCUAUUUUCCAAUUAGUGACAAACAAGUGGUCCCUAACUCUAGUGGGUCAUAGGUAACAGCCGAGGCCAGGUUUCCCAGAUUAUGAGGCACCUAUAGUCACUGCUAAUAUAGGAAAGGUUGAGGAAGAACACCCUCUGUGAUGGGAAUUUCGUGUCAGAGAAAAUAUUCCAGGUGUGAAGCAGUGCCGGCUUGGAACAUUAAGUGGGUGGGAGUGACAGGACAUUGUCCAGUACCUAAUGUGUGUGCCUUAUUCAUUGCCAGUAUGGGAAGUCUAGCGAAAACCUCUGCAGGGGCCAGGAAGAUGUACUUCCAUCAUCACUUCCAAGAAGUGAGUUGAAAAAGAUACAAUUGUUUAAAAAAAAAAAUAAAUUACCUUUUCCCCAUAGUUUUUACAGAUAUUUCACAUGCUUUACCAGAGACCCUAGGAGCUCCAGGUUAAUUGGUAACCUUAGGCUAUGAAAAAUACAAGUGGGACCAAUCCCAUAAGGCUGGCUUUGUCCAUCCCUUAAGAUCUAAGAUUAAGUUUGACUUUAUUACUCAAAUACUUUAUUUCAACUUUUAUUAAACAAACCAAAUCCAAGAACUUCUCAGUGCUUUACUACAGGGUUGCCUCACAACCAAACCAUCAUUUCUGGAGGGGAAGAAACCACAGCUUCAGGCACA